AUGCGACCUUUUUACACACUAUGGACAACCAACCGCUGGUUAUUUGUACGCGUAGAACUGCUGGGCACAUUUUUAUCCUUGUUUAUCAGUGUCACAUUAAUCCAAAAGAUCAAGACCGUGGAUGCAGGACUUGCAGGAAUCGCCUUGACAUUUUCUACAAGUUUAUUAGAAUACGUCUAUUGGUUGAUGAGACAAUCCACUACAGUGGAUAUGCAUUUUGAAGCAGUCGAGCGUAUUAAUGAGUAUAUGGAUAUGCCACAGGAGCCACCUAGUAUAGUUGAAGGUUCAAGACCACCUGCUGCUUGGCCUACAACAGCGACGAUUCAAGUACGCGAUUUGAUGGUGAGUUUUAGCAACUCUGAGACGGAUGCCAUCUUGAAACAUAUUUCGUUUAAUAUCUAUUCGGGAGAAAAGAUUGCGUUGGUGGGUAGAGCACAUGCAGAGAAAUAUGCGCUCGUCUCUUGUCUCUUUCGAUUUAUGGAACCCAUGCGAGGAUCGAUCAAGAUUGACGGUGUGAAUAUAGCCUGGAUUGGAGUGGAAGAUUUGAGAUCACGAAUUACAUUUAUAUCUAAAGAGGGUUGGCUACUCAGUGGCACUGUACGAAGCAACUUGGAUCCGUUUGGAGAGUACGAUGAUUACGCACUUUGGCAGGUAUUGUAUCGUGUUCGGUUAGCGAAACCUUCCAUCCAUCAUGAUUUUGUGGCGACAGGAAGUACGUAUGUGGCAGCUAGUUCAGCUAUCCAGGAUCUGGAUAAAGAUUUGGGUAAAGAAGGAUGUCGAUUGCCUGUGUAUGAGCGACAGCUGUUGUGUAUUGCGCGAGCCCUGUUACAGGAUUGUACCAAGCUUGUCAUUAUUGAAGAAGCUCAUUUGAACCCAGAGUCACAAGAAGUACUUCGGUCUGUGAUAGAUCAAGAAUUUGAAGAAUCGACUUUGAUUGUAAUUCCCUAUUUACUUCAUGAUGUGGUGAAUUAUGAUAAAGUGAUGGUGUUUGAUCAAGGCAAUAUGGUAGAAUUUGAUUCUGCUAUUGACUUGUUAAAUAAGCAACAUAGUUUAUUGCAAUCUCUGUGCGAGAAGGCAGGGAUUUUAGAUGAACUUACUUUAGAUACUGACAUCCUUACAUAA